CCAACUCUCCAUCUGCGAUUCCGUCAUCGGUUGUACGAGUCAUCAGCAUGAUGUUUGAGUGAACCACCGGCGCAAUGCCGCAUCAACAACAGCCUCUUCCGUCUGCUGCAGCAAUUCAACUUCUCAAUUCCCGGUGCAGUUGAUUCUGUCCAUUAGCGGCCUUCGCCAUGUCCACGUCUCAGCCACCCAAGGCUCUCCUGACCGACGUCUUCGGUACCGUCGUCGACUGGCGCAGCACAGUAGAGAAGCAUCUCACUCUUUCUGCCUCGGAAGCCCUCAAUUCUUCCACCAACUCAAUCCCUAGCGCCGUCCGAACUACUGCUGCAGACAUUUCCUGGCCGACAAUAGCCCAACUUUGGCGGAAUUCAUACUACGAAUUCACUCGCAGCUACGAUCCUUCUGCGAAGGACAAGAGUAACUUCAAGACGGUAGACCAACACCACGUCGAGGCUUUACACAAAAUACUCGUAGAUCACAAGCUUGAUGGGCUCUGGACGGACGAAGAAAUUCAAAAGAUAAGUAUGAUAUGGCACUUUCUAGACCCAUGGCCCGACUCGUCCGAGGGUCUGGGCAUCUUGAACCAGAAAUUUCAGACUGCGACGCUCAGCAAUGGCAACACAACUUUACUAUCGGAUCUGGCGAAGCACGGUCCUUUGCCAUACACUCACAUCAUCUCUGCUGAGGAUUUUGGUGCUUACAAGCCACAUCCCAGUGUCUAUCUUGGGGCAGCCAAAAAGUUGGGUCUUGAACCUGGUGAAUGUGCUCUUGUGGCUGCUCACCUUGGGGAUCUGAAGGCAGCACGAGGCUGCGGGUAUCAGACCAUAUAUAUAGAGAGAUCAAAAGAGGAGGCAUGGCCGUCGAAAGACAUUGCCAAAGCCAAGAAGGAAGGGUGGAUUGACAUGUGGAUUGGCCUUGAUGAAGGCGCAGGAGGAUUCCUUGAAGUCGCAGAGAGAUUUGGAUUGCAAUGAUAACGACUACGGCGACGGCUAUUUCGCCAACAUGGACAUCGCCUCCAACGGGCUCUAGAAGCCCGUCGAUAUAUUACUCUUAUGACCAGCGUUACUGUUGCUCACCGGGUGUGUAUCUCCUAGGACGUCAAAGUAUCCUUGGAAGCAUGUACUUCUUAGAAGGGGGAUUUUGUAGAUGUCAUCAACAUCUAAGAUAAUGAACUGAUGCUCUAAAUGCCA